AUGGGUAAAAACCUAUCAUCCACCACAAGAAACCAGCUAAUAAUCCCAGCAAUCGAGAAUCUGGAUCCGUCGGACCUCAUCACCAUAGACAAAACAUACCAAGACCGACUCGCACUCCGAAAGCAGCUUCUCGAACAACACCACGAAAUCGUAGUCGCAGUCAACGAAACAUCAACAGCAGACCCAAGAACCCACUCCGCAGUCCGCGAGCUAUACUCCUUCAUCCUAGGAACAUAUCUCCCAUCUCGAUACCCGGGAAUAUUCAAACUCCAGUCCAGUACCGAGAAAACGCCUGAAAUCUUCGAAAAUACAAUAACAGGCACAUCAUGGCCAACAAAUCUCCACCCAGAAACACCCACGAUCCGCGCACUGGAGAUCCUAGCACAAACCGUCGACGAGGAAUUCCUCAUUCUUCUUCCGGAUAUCUCAGCCCCAGUUGAUCAACCGAAAUACAUACUUCAGGCUUAUGCGACAUGUUUCCCGUCGGGUUUCAACACGCGCGAGAAGCUUGGAUUGCGCCUGGCUGAUAUCCAUAUGCCUGUGCCCGGGUAUAAGGAGAAGAUCGAGCGGAGUAUGGAUCGGUUCUUUGCGAAGAUUGAGGUGGGGAGGUUUGUUAAGAGGGUUAAUUGGGGUCUGACGACGGAGACGGAGUUGUUUGCGGCUUUUGGAUCUGUGCAUGGGUCACACGGGUCUGGCUCUAAGGGUAACGAGUAUGGUGAGAAGGAGGAUAUGGGACAACAGGCUCUUCGGCUUGAGGAGCUGAAUAUUGAUAAGAUCAAGGAUGAGGGUCUUGGAGAGGAGUUUGCGGUGGCUAUUGAUGGCCUUAGGAAGGGGAAUGUGCCGGGUAUGCAUGCCUAUAAGAGAGGGGAUUACUGGGGGGAGGCUGUUAAGGAGUUUUUAAGGUCUUGA